UAGGGUUUUCCCUCUCAUCAGAGUCGAAGCAUGGAGGACGUGCCGUCACCGACUCCGUGUUGGAGCAACAUAGUGAAGAAGCAACCGAACCCUCCAAAUCAUCAGCAGCAAGCAAACGCCUCCAAUGGAGUUUUCGUCGAGAGCUGCAAAUCCACCAAAGGCAUCGCCGUCGCGGUGGUGGACGCCAACGCCAUCAUCGAAGGCGGCGAGAGUCUCAACAAAUGCGCCGACAAGUUCGUAUCAGUUGAUGAAGUCAUGGACGAGGUCCGAGACCCCAUGUCCCGUCACAGGCUCAAUUUCCUCCCCUUCACCGUCCACAAGUUGUCACCCUCUCCUGAAUCCCUCAAGAAAGUUAUCAACUUUGCAAGGGCGACUGGUGACCUGCAGACUCUUUCAGAUGUCGAUCUCAAGCUCAUUGCUUUGACUCAUACAUUGGACACUCAGAUUCAUGGAACUAAACAUCUCAGAGAUAGUCCUCCUCCCAUCCACACAGUUAAUGUAAGAAGGCUGCCAGAGAAAGACAUGCCUGGUUGGGGAUCCAAUGUUCCUAAUUUGGAAGAGUGGGAAGCAUUAGAACAUGAUGCUGAGGAUGGAUUGAAUUCUAAUUCGAGAAUCCUUCCGUUGAAAGACUUGAACUUAAAUGUUCUCUCUACAGAUCACGCCCAUAGUGCAGAAAAUGGUUCGAUAGGGAACAGAGAUGAAACUCAAUCUGGGAAACCAGAGGAUGUCGAUGACAGUUUCGGCCAACAUAGGAGAUAUUUGCCUGUGAAAAAAGAGAUAAACAUUGAGGGGAAGAAGAUGGUGGCAGAUGGAAUUGAUGCAUCUCAGGGACAAUUCGACGAUAAUGCUGGUGAUUGGCUGCCUGCUGUCAGUCGAAGUACCCAUAGAAGAUUCCUUAGGAGAAAAGGUAGACGUGAAAUUUAUGCAGCAUCAUCUGAGAACGAUGGUCAGCAAGAUGCAGUAGAAAACAUGGAAAAUGACACUGAGGACGCUGGAUGCCCAGAUCUGCUAGUUUGUAAAAGUUUUGAAGAAACACAUCUUGUCAAUGGAGAUUCAGAGGAAAGUAGGAUCGAAGAAGAGAAGAGCGGUAGUGAUGAUCUUUCCUCAAUAUUGAAUCAAAUGAGACUUGAGGAAGGUUCAUUGAGGGCUCUUCAAGAAGAGAAGGAGCAGGGCCUUUCUUGUACAGGACUAGAGCCUAACAGUUCCAUGGUGGAGGAAGCUACCGCAAAAAAUAAUACAAAUAUAGCUGUUGAAGGAGAUGAGGUUGAAAUCAUCAAUGAAGGCUUGGAACAUUUAGAGAUAUCUAGCCAGACUACUGAAAGCGUUGAUGCAUUAAAUAUUAUGGAUGAUAAUAGUAGCGAGCAAAGCUGGAUGCUGAGAUCCUUGUCUGAGUCUACCGUAGCCUGCGUGACUAGUGACUUUGCAAUGCAGAAUGUUCUCCUGCAGAUGGGUUUACGCCUGCUGGCACCUGGAGGAAUGCAAAUACGCCAACUGCACAGGUGGAUACUCAAGUGCCAUGCCUGUUAUAAGCUCACCACGGAAAUUGGUAGGAUUUUCUGUCCCAAAUGUGGGAAUGGGGGCACUUUACGCAAGGUAGCUGUUACAGUUGGUGAAAAUGGGAUUGUUAUCGCAGCACGUCGGCCACGUAUUUCCUUGCGAGGCACAAAAUUUUCACUGCCUUUACCACAAGGUGGAAGAGAAGCCAUUACUAAGAACCCUAUUUUACGUGAAGAUCAGCUCCCACACAGGCUCCUGUACCCAAAGAAGAAAAAGAAGAGUAAUCAGGGAGAUGACAUCUUCAUGGCAGAUAACAUCUUUUGCCACCAUACAGAUAAGAAAGCUCCUCUGCAGCCUCCUAUGAGGAAAACAUUAGCAGUUUUCAGUGGCAGGAGGAAUCCAAAUGACAACCAUUACUCUCGUUCUAUGCAUUAGUAAUUUUAAGCUGAAAUUUUGAUUUAUAUUUUGACCUUAAAAUUAUAAAUAUGUAUCUUUCUUUUCUCCCAAAGAACCUUCUUCAUGUUGUGAAACUGGUUUCUUGAACUUAUUAAUGAGCAGGUCAGAUUAGUGAAGUCAAGGAUUUUUUGAGGUGUA